AUGGAGUCGCCGUUGCGUGCCGAGCGCUCCUCGAGCGAGUUUGGUCGGCUCGCGCCGCGCAUCGUGCAGGUGGUAUGGGCAUGGAUGGUGCGUGGGGAGGCGCCGGAGACGCCUGUGGCCCCGUGGACGACGCCGGCCGAGUACUACGCGUCGAUGCCGCUGGACCUGCCGGCGGAGGGCGCGAGCGAGGAGGCGCUGGUGCAGACGGUGCAGGGCAUCCUGUCGAACAGCAUCAAUCCGUGGACGCACCGCUUUCUCGAGAAGCUGUACGCGGCGCCGGCGGUGGUGUCCGUGCUGGGCGACCUGCUGCUGGGCGCGCUGAAUGCGUCGGUGCAUGUCUUUUCCGCGUCGCCCCUGCUGACGCGCAUCGAGGAGCGGUGUGUGCAGGGCCUCUGUGAGCUCUUUGGCUACGGUGCCGAGGCGGAUGGCGUGGGCAUGCCGGGAGGCGCGGCCUCGAAUGUCCUCGCUGUGCAGACGGCCCUGAGCCAGGCGCUCGGUGGUGUGUACCGCGGGGGCGGCGUGUGGGCGCUUGUCGAGCGCCUGCACGCGCAGGGGCGGCGCGGCGCGGGCGCGCGUCCCGCGAUCCUCACGAGCGCGAGCUCGCACUUCUCGGUGGCGCGUGCGGCGCUCGCGGCGGGCCUGGGCGCCGAUGCCGUGGUGCAAGUGCCGGUCGAUGCGCAUGGGCGCAUGGACGUGGCCGCGCUCGAGGGCCUGCUGCGCGAGAUGCACGCCGAUGCGGCGCACCCCCGCGGCAUGCCGCUGAUCGUGUGUGCGACGAGCGGGACGACCGUGCUGGGCGCCUUUGACGACUUGGCGCGCAUUGCGCCGCUGUGUGCGCAGUACGGGUGCUGGCUGCAUGCGGACGCGUCGUGGGGCGGAAGCGCGAUCUUUGCGCCGGAAGGGCGUGCGCUGAUGCGCGGGAUCGAGCGCGCCGACAGCGUCACGGUCAAUCCCCACAAGCUGCUCGCCGUGACGCACCAGUGCUCGUUCCUGCUCGUGCGCGACCGGCGCACUCUGUCGGUGCGUGUCGACGACGCGGGCUACCUGUUCCACGAGGUGCCGGGAGCGCCGGACCUGGCGACCAAGACGCUCGGGUGUGGACGGCGGGGCGAGGCACUCAAGCUGUACCUCGUGUGGCUGCGCUACGGCACACAUGGCCUGUGUGCGCAUGUGCAGGCGGGCCUCGCCAAGGCGCGCACGCUGCUCGCGCACCUCGAGGCGCGCGCGCGCGCGCUGGAGCUCGGUCCGCUGGCCGAGCCGCUGUUUCUGCAGAUCUGCUUCCGGCCGCGGGGCCAGGGCUCGGAGGGCACGCGGCGCGCGCAUGCGCAGCUCGCGGCGGCGCAGCGCUACGCGGUGGACUUUGCGCCGCUGCCGGACGGCGAACGUACCGGGCGAUCAUCGAUACAGUGA